AUGACGGGGCCAAAGAUCAUCAUAAUUGGUUCUGGUGCCUUUGGACUCAGUUCAGCCCUUCAUCUCGUGGAAAACGGAUAUGAAAACAUUACAGUCUUUGAUAGAUUAGAUCUUUUCAAACUAGGUUAUAUCUUUGACAAUGGAGCAGACACUGCGAGUGCUGAUGUUAAUAAAGUGUUCAGGGCUUAUUAUGGGGAUAAGGAUCAUUAUCAUAGACUGGCAUUAAAGGCUAAAGAUAUCUUUACGAGAUGGGAUAAGGAAUUAAAGAGUUAUUCGAAAGAGGAAGCUAAAGAGAAGUUCAACAUUGAUGUCCAGAAAAUUAUUGAGAACUCUGGAUGGUUAAGAUUGGAUAAUACUAAAGAAUUGGCCGAUGAAGAACGUAAAAGUUUGGAUAUCUUUGCAAAGACUGGUAUAAGAGAUACUCAAUACGUGAUAAAUGACCCUGAGGAUGUUGAAAGAGCUCAAAGAGAUGGAUGGGCUCAUAAAUUAGAUCCAUUGAAAAUUAAAGAGAAUCCUUUAUUUGAACACAUUAGUGGGGUUUUAGAUUCAACUUCUGGAAUUUUAAGUGCUUCAAAUGCUUGCUUAUACGUUAAUACCCUAUUGAGAUCAAAAGGUGUGAAUUUCAUUACUGGUGAAGAAAAAGGUCAAGUUAGUCGCUUCAUUGAAUCUUCUGAUGGUAAGGUUUCAGGAGUUGUCACAAAAGAUGGUGUUGAACAUUCAGCAGAUUUAGUCAUUUUAGCUGCUGGUCCAUGGUCUGCUUCUUUAUUACCUGAAUUGGGUGGGUUGAGUGAGGCACAUUCAGGUAAUGUUGUAUUGAUUAAAGUCCCAAAGGAGGAACAAAUACUAAGAGAGAAAUUUUCUCCCAAGAACUUCCCAAAUAUUGGAUGGAGACUAGGUGAAUCUCGUGAAAGUUCAAGGUUUGGAGGGUUUGGUAUAUUCCCAAUAUCUGAACCUCAAGGUUAUGUUAAAAUCAUCUCAAGACAAAAAAAGUACUUGAACCCAGUCAAACUUCCAAAUGGCACUGUCGUUUCUGUUCCAUUGACUUCAAAUUCAUCACCUCCUGAAUCAAGAUUAUCCAAACAUAUGAUUGAUCAAGUUAAGGAUUUCAUUAAAGUGUUCGUUCCUGAGUUGGUGAAGUUUGGUAUUUACAAAACUCAACUUUUAUGGUACACAGAUACCAUCAACAAUGAUUUCAUUAUCGAUUUUGCCCCAAAAAGAGAAAACUUGUUGGUUGUUACAGGUGGAUCGGGUCAUGGGUUCAAGUUUUUACCUGUUUUAGGUCAAUUUGUUGUUGAUGUUUUAGAGAAGAGAGAGAAUGAGUACACAAAGAUCUUUAAAUGGAGAGAUCCAUCAAAAUUUAAUGAUUUAAACAAGAUUGGAGAUAUCAAGACAGGUAAAAGUUCAUUCUAUGAUCAAGACUUAAGUAAUGUGAGUGAUCUCAAAUUUACUGAAGAAGAUUUGAAAAGAAAAGUUGUUAUAGACUAG